AGACCGCGCAGUCUCAACUCUUUAUAAGUCUAUGGUACAUACGUACCACCACCAAGUAGAGAGCACCAAGUACACGCAUUCUCAUACAAGUAGACUUUUGACAGAUCUCGGUAAAAUUUCGAGUCGAGCUUCCGGGAAUUUGACAGCCAGAUGAUCUGACAUAAGUAAAAAUAUAAGUCACAUGGCAUGCUGAUCAAGUUACUUAGGAGAUUUCGCUUCAUUAUGAUGAGACCUCCCUCUGAUGGUACUUAAUAGCGUCUUUGCUUGCUAGGCGAUGCUGCACAAAGUGAUUUCAGCUACAGCAAUGUCCAAUGAGCCAACACCUCUUACUGCAACAUCAAAUAAUGAUGAAAAUGCACUUUACAAUCCACUCAGUUCAUUUCUUCAGAUGUGGUAUCAGAUAUUUCUCUGGGCAUUAUUUUCGUCCAUAUUCGUCCAUACCAUUGCAGCAGCAAUUUGUUUUGCGACAUUACGAAAACAUAAAUAUGGAAAGUUCUUCCCACUGCUAAUAAUAAUAAUGGGGGUAUUGCUGCCGUUAACAUCAGGAAUUCUGAGUUCCGCAGCAGUAGCAUUUGUCUACCGUGCAUCAGGCUAUCAGAUGCUGCCUUUAUAUGCUUUACUGUGGGGUAUCGGACAAACUGUAAUGGCUGCUUGUGUUGGAUUCACAAGGAUAUUAGCUACUUUAUAACAGAAGGUUUAAAUGAACGAUGCCAAUAUUGUACAGUGAAAAUUAUGCAGAUGAAUAUCAAUAAUUAACCAGUAAGAGUCCCACAAAAAGAUGGUCAUUUUCUUAUGUAAGUUUUCUAUAUAAAUGUAAUUUUGUGAGAGCUAUAAUUCAUGGUAAGACAGAAAUCACUAUGCAUCGAAAUAUUCUUUUGAUUUCACUUUGAAUCACUAAAUUUUAUACUGAUUACUUUGGACAAUUAACAAAAGUCUUUAGAUAUACUAGAUACAGUAUCUGUAAACAUGUAUGUAUGUACAUUUCCCGUAGUGGAUCCUGACCUAUCGAAGGUCACUGGUAUCGGCUGCUACUAUUUGUUCAACCUGCACAGUAGAUGACACAGUUGACCUUGAACUGAUGAGAAUCCAUCACGGGAGGUGACAUAGAAAGAAAAAAUGUGUGUGUUACUAGGUGUAACCAUACAUCAGGAAUUGGUUACAUUGAAGAUGUUUCUUCAUUAACCACUGUUGCAUUCUUUAAUAGUGUAACAUAGUUAUCGAUAUCAGGUGUUCGAGGAAACUCUAGUAAGUAGUAUUGACAGACUGAACGUUGUAAAUUUCCAAAAUACUUAUGUAGAUAAAUACUUAAAAUAUAAGAAAUUGUAAAUGUCGUAGUAUUAAAUGAUGAUGAUAAAAGAGUUGCAGAUAAAUUGUACCUACUAUAAUGUAGUUUGCUGGCUGCCUGAAGUUCUCUGUUCCUUAUACUUUAUGUGUAAAUCACACAUAAUGCAGAAUAAUAUUUUUGUGCAAUCAAUUGAUAUUGCAAUAAUUUUUAUAAAAUACUGUGUUUUUUCUUCUCUCUGUUACAGACGUCUGUAGGUGUCUACAUACGAUUUGUAAACAGGGAGUUCCACGAAUAAUUCAAUGUUUUGUUCCCCCCCAUGAUCUUCGAUUAGAUCUAUAAUUUUUUUCUUACCGUUUGAGCUCUAAGAAGCCCUUCGGGCUAUUGAAAAGAUUCUAGAUCAAAUUGAACCAAAAACUCUUCAAAUUCCGCCGAAAUAACCAGAAACACGUUCUUUUCUGCAAAAAUUUUCUACACCUUAAACCCUUCAGUUCUUCAUAUAUGAUAUAACGAUGUCAAAUCCUAUUUUCACGAAACUUUAUACGAAAUGAAUUAUCAGUAUUCAUAAUUUUGCGAUUCAUUUAAUUUCUUUAGAUUCAGUAUUUACACAUGAACGUUAGCUUAUAAAGCGAUAAAUUAUUUCCUACUCUGAAACUAACUUAAUUUUGUGUGAAAUCAGCAAAGACAUGUGAUUCUAUUUUCUUCUCAUAUUUUCCUGAAAUAAAUUCGUAUGAAUGUUUCAAGCAGUAAUGAAUUUUUUCAAUGCUUAGUCGAGGCUGAAGCAGAUUAUUUUAGGAAGGAUGACUAUGCAAAUGCAUCUAUUUUAUACAAAACAUUUUCCUCUAAACUCAAUAGUUUAGGUGAAAAAUAUGAUUUAGAUUGUAAAUGGGUCAUUAGGCAGUGCAAAAAAUUGAAAAAACGUGCUGCUUUUUUGGUGGUGAAAACGUGUUUCUCGUAAUUUGAAUAUACCUUAAAAAUUUUCUUGGCCGAAAUCCGUUUGAACAGAUUUUCAGUUAUGAAAAACACCACACUUACAAACUAUUAUCAAGAUUAAUUUCCUUGGCAGCCAGAAGUUUUACCUCAAGGUCCAAGCUUAGUAGAAACAAUUACAGAUUAAAUCAGAGAUGAUGUGAGGAAAUGCAUAUGACUUCUCGUGGAAUGCUAAAAAUAUUAAUUUGACAAUACUUUACACAACGUCUGAACUUUACUUUCAAUAAAUUUUAUCCUACGCGCUAAUUUUUAGUUCAGGGAGAUUUCGUGUUUUGAACAAGGCAGCAAUAAUUCGUCCCAAUACGUGAUCAACAUAAUACAUAUAGCGUUAAGUUCA